UGGUACACGAACGCAGAUCAGUCGACGUAAACAACUCGCCCCUAUAGAAGGCUGCCUGAAUUUUUCCUAAUUGAUUGUAGAAAAGAGAGUUUGCGCAAUUUUAAGGGAAUCAUGGGGAAUGGGAACAGUUCUUUUACUCAGCUGGAGGUGGAUCGAGAUCGAGGAGGAGUAUAUGAAGACUGGACAAUGGCCCCAGGAGAAUUGGGAGAUGUUCCUGUGACAGUAUUCUCAGCUGCCCAUCCUCCAAGUUCCAGAAAGAGGCCAUAUAUUGAAAGGGCAUUGCAGGCCAGUCGUGUAUACAGACAUCCAGGACUACUGAAGUACAUCGAUGGUGGUAUUAUAGGGGAAGUUGUUGUGAUAACCGAAAGAGCGAAACCACUGCUACACCAUGACUUGGAUCAGAUGUCACCACUUCACAUCUCAGCUGGAUUGUUGUCCAUUAUAGAUACUCUGGUUUUUCUUCAUGAUAGGGCUGGUGUAAGUCAUAAUAAUGUCAGUGCUGCCAGUAUAUUCAUCACUAGUGAUGGAACAUGGAAGUUAUGGGGACUGGAGUAUUCCUGCAGUUUUGGGGAGCUAACUCGAGAUCACAUUGAGCACAUUAAUGGUUACUGUCAUGAAAAAUCAAUACCACCAGAUGAUAAAGCAAGAAUAACACCUGCGUACCAACAUGCUCGUGAUUCUUAUGCAUUUGCUUGUUUCGUAGAAGAAAUUUUAACGUCUGAUAGAGUGGCAGUUACGCCACCAGAUAUUGCCGGGGCAGAGGAGUUCGUUUCUUGGCUACGCAGCAGCGGCAAGAACAAAGACUGGGCGCAGAGGCCACGGCUGUCUCUUCUAGCAAACCACCAGAUCUUCCACCACGACUUUCUGAAGCUCCACCACAACCUCACCAAUGUUCUUCUGCUUUCGGAUCACAAUAGGGAAGAGUUUGUCAAGUCUUUAGCGGACUCCCUCUGCAAGUAUCCAGAGGAGCUGGUUUCAAGUACCUUGGCAGGAGCAUUAUUGAGUCGUCCUCUGCUAUUGCAUCCAGCAGCUGCAACCCAUCUUAUGCCCAAGUUGCUCAUACCUCAGUCAAGCUCAGAAAAAGAAGGGGAAUCUGGACUGUUUUCCCCAGAGGUCUUCCGUCGGGACAUUAUCCCACAGGUGGUGAGGCUCUACAGUGUCCAUGAUGCUACAGUGAGAAACAUUCUCCUCACUUUCCUCCCCCACUAUGUGUCGCUGAUUCCUGAAGACGUCCUAGCUAAUGAUGUUCUGCCAGAACUUCUUUUGGGUAUACGAGAUUCCAGCGAUACUCUAGUAACAGCAACACUACACGCUCUCGCACAUUUAGUUCCUAUCCUUGGAGCUAACAGAGUCAUAGGGGAAAACCGGCAGCAUCUCUUCACCACUGCCAAACCCAAGGCAGCAGCAAGUUUGCCAGUAGCGAAAGGAAUGGUGCCUCAUCAACUAAAAAAUAGUGAAGGAACGACCAAGAACGCCAAUGUUAAACCGUGGACCACUUCUUCCAAAAGAACUAAAUCAUCAGAACCCCCAGUGCCGCCACCAAGGUCCAUCUCCCUCACCCCAGAAUCAGUGAGCCAAGAUCCCAAAUUGGAAGAAGCUGCCUCUCUAGAUAGCCUAUCUGUGGAGAGCAUGGUCCUAACACAGAUCCCGGAGAGAAGUUCCCCAGAUGGUGGCGAAGACCAUAGCAGUUCCACCAACACCUAUGUGGGGGCUUCAGAAAUGGGAGUGACAGACACUGAUGCAUGGUCAGACUGGGAGGAGAUGCAGGACAGUCCAGCGCAAGAUUUCUCCGGGGCGCUGCUUGCCGUGAACCAAGAUAAGCUGAAGGGCUUUGAUGACUGGGGGAAUGGUGAAGAUGACGGGACCUCAGACGGUGAUUUGCUGAAAGAGAAUACUUUGACGAGUGUUGCGCCCUCAAAGAAAACCUGGUCUGAUCACACAAGCUCACAUGAAGUAAGAUACGGGGAUACUAGUCCGUAUCCAAAAUCUAGUUCAAGUAUGAAACUGAACAGUGUCGCACAGAAAAAUUCUGAGAAACCUAUUGAACUAAAGAGGUCUCAGAAUCUCGGAGAGGAAUACGAUAUCUUAGCUAUUAAAGUCAAUAAAAAACAUGAUGCAGAAAUGGACUUGUUUGCAGACAUUGCACCACAAUUUAACACAAAGAAGUAUGAUCUGGAAACAAUGCUAUUGGAAGCCACAUCCAAAUCUCAAGGAAACCCAAAAAUUAGAACUCUCUCUGUCUCUGAAACACUUGCCGGAACAGAUAGUAGUGCUGAUGUGGGGGAGGCUUGGGGAGAGGAAGGAGCCUGGGGGGAUCAGAUUGAUCUUCUCCUAGAGUCAGCUACCAGUUCGCCUUUAAAGGAAACCCAGGAGGAGAGUGACAGACUAGCUUCCUUUACCUAUAGUGACCUGCCUGAAAAAGUAGAUUUAGCCUUUGGGAAAGCUGCAAGUCAGUCUAAGAAACAAGAAGCAAAUGGGGGCUUAGCAGAUACAUGGGAUGAGGGAUGGGGAAGUGAUUUUUAAGAAGUCUUUUUAUGUUUUAAAUGUGAUCAGAGACUUAUUAUGAUUAUAGCUGUAUAUAAGACUAUAAAUUCAGUAUUUUUUUCCUUUUUUUUUCUUUCUAAGAGAUCAGUAUUAUUUUUUAAAAUCAUUAAGGAUGAACAUUGUUCAAAUAUUCCAAAGUAUGGUUGUAUUGACUUGUUUCUGCACAUUGUUUAACUAUUUAUACAUUAAUAAUUGCUGUAUAUACCUUAUUUACAUGCAAAGAUAUUGCUGAGGUUAUAAUAUAUUAAGUAAAAUAACUUUAUAUAAAGUCACCUAGAAGUUGAGUCAUCAUUGAAUAAAAUAAUGAAAGCAGAAGUAAAAGCCAAUGCCAAAGUAUUUACAAAUAUAAGGAAAAAAUCUGAAUACAAAAUGACUGAAGAGAAAUUAUAAGUUGCAUAUCAUAAAAUAUCCAUGUCUUCACUUUUAACCCACUCACACCAGAUGACAUCUAAGCACACUGUGGCAGACUGGACCUAAAUGCCAUGCAUGACUGAUCUAGAUCUUAGUUGUGUGCACAGGUAGGCUUAAUGUCUGUUUCUAGCCCCUUUUCCUAGUAAAUCAUGUAUGCCAUAGCCAGAAACAUAAAGAACAGGGUAAAUGUACACUUUUUUUCACUUGAGUGGCUAACCACUCGAAACCCAGCACUUGCGGUACAACAGGGAAAUCUCUCAAUAAGUGGGUUGAAUAGUGCUUAUUACUAUGUAAAUGGGAUCAUAUAGCACAAGAGUGCUGUCUACAUCACAUGAAGAAACUGACCUACAGAAUAACCAUUAAAUUUUAUGAGUUUAUAGUAUUUGUUUGUAGGUUCAUGUGGGGCACACUCAGUACAUUUUUCAUUGAAGAAUGUAUUAUGACGUGUAAGUUCCCAUGAAUGCAUAUCAGAGUGUUUUAACCUUAACUUUUUAUCUGUAAAAGUGUGCAUUUUGCAAACAUUUCUGUGACAAUAAUUUUCCAAGCAGCACAUAGUUGGUAUAUAUUAAUAUAAUAUGGAAAAAGUCUAUCCUAUAUAUAUGUAUUUGCGUGUGCA